GCCUCUCUCUGCAAUAGAAGUUUCAGUACGCUUUGCUCGCGAGCGCGACUUCAGAUAUCUGCAACUCGUGGCGAGACGACGCUCGCGCCAGUAAAGGAUCUGCAGCUUCGCGCUUCCUCUGGGGAAGGACUACCGAACAUUCAUCGAGCAGAAAAAGAAAAUUACAUAGGAGUGAGCGAAGCGAAGUUGUGUUGAAGAUGGGUUUGGAAGCCUUGCAGGCGGCUAAGGUGUAUCGCCAUCUCCUCAAGGCUGUCAAAAGGCACAUAGGCAAGGAAGAAACGAAGAAACAUUUUGCAGAAUAUGUGACUGAAGAAUUUCGGAAGAACUGCGUUCUCUCGGACCCCUCAUCUAUCCAACAGAAAAUUAAGCUUGCAAAGGAUUAUACGUACCUCCUUAAUAGCGUGCACCAUCACAUGGACCUGCUGUUCUCCUACAACAUUGCUGUGGACAGAACAGAAGAGAUGAAAAGAGUACUAGGAAAAUCAGCUUCCAGUGUGGGCCUCAGGCUCCCCGAGGUUUACCAGCCCUAGCGAUGGUAACCUCCACUUGAUCUCUGACCGUCACAUUCGACUCUCGUAGAGGUCGUUCCAAUGUACUCUGGAGCUGUUCCUGUGCGUUUCAGCAUAAUUUUAGCAGGGAUUCAAUUAUCAUUCAGCUUGUUUCGUUACAUGGGACAUUAUCGUUUUCAUGGUCCUGUGACGUGUGCUGGUUCAGGCGGUUUUGCGAUCCGUUUAUACACGAUUGAAUUCAUACUUGUUUGAUCAAGACUUUCAAUCCA